AUGCCAUUUGAGCUAGUCGAUUAUGAAACAGUCAAAUUACCAAAGUCACUCACCUACCUCCACCUCGUAAAAGUACCAAUACCAGUUGGAUUUAUUCCAGAUAGAGUAAAGAUAUUAUCAAUCAUAUCACACAACUCUGGAGAUUUUGAAAUACUCCCAGGAUCUAUACCAUCGUCAGUAGAGACUCUUACCCUACGCGGAUAUGAAGGACCGACAACAACAGAGUAUCUACCAGAUUCCAUUAAAGAGUUGGAUUGGAAUAGACAGACCAACACUCAAACACUCUCAUCAACAUUGGAGACAUUGAGUUGGGGGUAUAUGGGCCCUGCCAAUGAUAAUCCAAUGAAUCUACCUUUCAUGUUUCCAUCAACCAUUCAACAUAUUAAAUGCACUACCAUCACAUUCCCUCUCCCACCUUCACUCAUUAGUCUAGAAUGUCAAUUUGAUACAACUUGUCUCAUUGAUAAUUCAUAUUAUUCAAUUUCAAAGUUUAACUAUCAACAACAACAAGACAAUAACAACAACAACCUAUUACUAUUACCAUUAAAUCUAAGAAAACUAAAAAUCCAAGCAAAUGAAAUUUUUGGUGAAGGUAUUAGCAAGUUUAGUUUUAGAUUGGACGAGGUAAUCAAUCAAACAAAUGUUGAAACUUUAUCUAUUGUAAUGAGUAGAAGGAUUUUAUUUAAAGCAACUAUUAAAAGAUUGGAAAAGGAUAAUUCAAGAGUAUUAAUAGUUGACAACAAAUCUUUAUUUGGUGGUAUUAUUCAUCAAUCGAGACAAUCAAACAAUGAAUAUGCUCCUAUUUAUCUUCAUAACAGUAAAAAAGUAAAUAAUAAUUAUAUACCAUAUUGGAGUCAUUAA